UUUAGUGAGUCGCACACAAGAUAUUCAGCAUUAAUGGUGAUAAGAUGAAUCGACCCUUGAAAGCAUCCUCAAUUCAGGAAACCGAUUGGCAAAUGCCCCGCCAAACUCUACCUGUAUCAGCGUGCAAGGUUUUUACAGCAAAACCAACUCUCCACUUGAAUUGCUUGACGCCAGAGCUCUUUUCUCUUCUUUCAAACUUGAACAACACUUUUCAUUUCCAUAUAUAAACUAGAUCCUUACCAGGAUUUGUUGGCACCAGCCCUGGGACUUCUCUCUCUCUCUCUCUCUCUCUCUAUCUCUCUCUCCUUUCUUAGAUAAUUCUUCAAGAAUCAAGAUAUGGCUGCCUGGAACUCAUUUCCUCUGAAGAUCACAUACGAGCUCUUGGGAUGGAUAGCCUUCGUUUCUUGGUCCAUUAGUUUCUACCCACAAGCCAUCUUGAAUUUCCGACGAAAAAGUGUGGUGGGUUUGAACUUCGAUUUCGUGAUCCUGAAUUUGACGAAGCACUCCUCAUACUUGGUCUACAACGCUUCUCUUUACUUCAGCUCUGCUAUCCAAAAGCAAUACUUUAACAAGUAUGGCCAGAAACAGAUGAUACCUGUAGCUGCAAAUGAUGUUGCAUUUUCAAUUCAUGCUGUUCUGUUGACAGCAAUUACAUUGUUCCAAAUUGCAAUCUACCAACGCGGGCAUCAAAAGGUAUCCAAGAUUGCCAUAGCAAUUGUCUUUAUUGUGUGGGUAGCUGCUGCAGUUUGUUUCUUUGUAGCAUUGCAUCGCCAUUCUUGGCUGUGGCUUAUCUCUGUCUUCAACUCAAUUCAAGUUUGCAUGACAGUGAUAAAGUACAUUCCCCAGGCAGCCAUGAACUUCAUGAGAAAGAGCACUGAUGGGUUCAGCAUUGGGAACAUUUUACUUGAUUUUCUUGGAGGGGUAACAAAUUAUGCCCAAAUGACUGCACAAUCUAUAGACCAACAUUCCUGGGUGAACUUCUAUGGCAACAUAGGGAAGACAAUGCUCUCUCUGGUGUCCAUAUUGUUUGACCUUCUUUUCAUGUUUCAACAUUAUAUCCUGUAUUCAGCCAAGAAGCAGCAUAGGCAUAGCUCCCCUGAAAUCAAUGGAGAAAGUGCACAGCCACCAAAUUGCUCUUCACAGUCUGAAAAUGUGUAGAUAUUUUAUAUACUGGUUCAUAGCACACUUAUUAGGUUUAUUCUCAAAGAAAUUUAUAUUAUUAGUGGAUUAAUAUUAGUAAAUGAUUCAAUCAAGAAUGGAUUAUGAUUUAUUUA